AUGUUAGCAUCAACGGUGCAAGACAUUUUGAUUCAUGAAAAUGAUAGUAUUAAGAAAGAGUUAUCAUCACCUACAAUACAUUUUCGUAGGCUAUCAACAUUAGAAUCAGAGAAUUUUCAUUAUCUUAUUCAACAACAAUAUGGAGCUUGUUGGGGAAUAUUUAAAUUUGAAGAUUCUCUUGGUAGCUAUCCUAGUGAGGAUCGACCAUUUCUUUACGUUGAUGAUAAUAUUGAUUUACAUGUUCUACUUGAUUUCAUGAUCAAUGAAUGGAAAUUACAAACAACUAAUAUAGUCAUACCUAUUCUUAGUUCUAUCACACGUCACAAAUCAUUCAAAAAUCUUAAAAUGGUUGAAGCAUUAAAAGGAGGCAUUAGAAAUGUCGUCAAUGCAUCUGAAGUAUGGUUUAUAACAAAUGGUCUUGAUAUUGGUAUGCCAAAAUUAAUUGGAUCAGCUUUUCACGAUGAAAUUUCAUUACGACGAGCUGAUGAUAUAUGGGCAAAACAGAUGGAUCGAGAACUGGAAGAACAUAAAACAUUAAUUUUAAUCGGAAUUGUUUGUGAUGAUGACAUUAAAGACUCUAUUGAUUUUCAUUCAGCAAAAGACAAAUUAAAAAUAGAAAUAAAAGUACCACAAAAUGAACGUGCACAAUUAUCAUUAAACAGUGAUCAUACACAUUUUAUAAUAAUUCGUAAAUCACCAAUUGGUUCUAGUUCGACAAAUAUUUCAGAAACAAUCGAUACUAACAAUAAACUGUUAGAAAAAAUAACUGAUUCAGCUGGAAAUGUUACAAAUAAAUUUCGCAAUCGUUUUGAAGCUUUUUUACAUCAAGAAGUAUUACGACAACAAGUUAUAACUUCUACCGAAUUACAAUCACCAACAACCCAUUGUUUACCGACACUAUUAAAAAAAUCUAAUUUAUGUGGUGAAGAUGGUUUUCCAAUGGUAUGUACCUUAUUUCAUGGUACACCAGAAACAAUUGAACUUGUCUAUCAAAAAAUUCAACAAGAAGUUCCUAUUGUCGUAUUUAAAGGAACCGGAUUAGCUGCUGAUCUUAUUUCAUUUGCUUAUGAAGAAAUUAAUACUAAAAAUAAAAAAAUAUCUGAAGAUGAUUAUUUAAAAGUUGAAUUAACUCAAUGUUUAGUUGAUGAAUAUCCCGAAUUAAAAGAUAAUAAUCUUAAACGAAAUGAAAUUCGUAAUUAUCUUAUGUCAAUUAUUAAAGAAGCCGAUAAAGAAGGAAGAAAAUUUUUAUCAUUUGUUGAUAUUAAUAGUACAACACCAUCAUUAAAUGAUUUUCAUAAAUUUAUUCUUUCAGCUCUGUUACAAGGACAAAAAAUUGUAACUGACGAUAAAGUUAAUAUUGAAUCAAAACAAAAUUAUAAAUUAAAACGAAUUGCUAAAUUAAAACGAAAUGCUCAAAUAAAACAAAAUCUUCUAUUAACACUUGAUUGGAAUUUACCGGAUUUAGCUUUAUCAGAAGUUUUUCAACGUUAUGAUGGCAUGAAAUGUACUAUACAAAAAACAUUAUUUGAUAAAGCCAUACUUGAAGAAGAUCUUGAAGCAUUUGUUGAUUUAUUUCUUGAACGAGAAUUUGUUCUACAUCGAUAUUUAAAUUCAAAAAAAUUAAUUAACUUAUUUAAUCAAGCAGAAGAUAAGGAUUUUUUCAUCAUAACAUCACUUGAAGGAAUUCGUAGUUUAACAGGAGAUGAAGAAGUAGAAGAAGAUUUUAUUGAAAAUGAUCUUAAUGGAAUUAUUAAACGUUUGACGGGUAUCAAUCGUUUUUUUUGUAAAAGUGAAAUGGAUAAUAAUGCUAUGGGAAUUUAUUUUGGUGAUAAAUCAGACAAAGAUCUUCAGAAACAAAAGAUAAUAGCAGAAAAAAAAGCUCUUCGACAUUUAAUUAUUUAUGCUGUAUUAAUGAAUCGAUAUCAAUUAGCAAAAAUUCUUUGGAAACGUUCAUCAGAACCUAUUCCAUUAGCAUUACUUUGUUGUAUGAUGUUUAAAAACUUAACACCAUAUUGUCCUGAAUCUUAUCUAAGAUCAUUGACAGUAAAACAAGCCAAAGAAUUUUCCGAUUGGGCUGUAGGCAUUCUUGAUAAAUCAUUCGAUGAAGAUCAUAAAAGAACAUUUGAAAUGCUUGAUGAAAAACAUCCAGAUUGGAAUUAUGUGACAACUAUUGAAUUAGCUUAUCGUGCUGACAAUAAGGAAUUUAUGGCACAUCCUGUUUGCCAAAAAUGGGUUACAAGACAAUUUUAUGGAGAAAUAACACCAUGUGAAAUUUCAUGGGGAUUAUUUACUUGUCCAAAGCAUCUAAAAAUCAUAUUGAGUGUCAUUCUUAUAUUUCCAAUGUGGUUUUGGAUAAAUUUUUCUCCAAUUGGUCAAGCACCUUCAAUAACAAAAAAAACUGGUGAUUUGUCCAAUGAUGCAAAAAAAGAUGCAGAAACAGAACCAAAACUUGAUGAAGGAAAACAAUUAGUUGAACAAAUCGGUGAAGUAACCGUUCGACAAAGAAAUGGUAUUUUUCAACGACCAGGACGUCGUUUUCGUGGUAGUGCUAUAAAAAAAUCAAAAACUACAUUUCAUAAAAAACAACUGAAUUUUUUUGAAAAAAUUAAAAUUUUAUGGUCAGCACCAAUAACAAAAUUUUAUACAAAUUUUGUUUGUUAUAUUGUAUUUUUAUGUUUUUUUACAUUGGCUGUUAUGUGGCCAUCAUGUGGAAAUUUACUACUUGAUUUCUUUGUUUGGUUUUGGGCAGCAUCAAUUGCUUUUGAAAAUACGCGUGGUACUUAUGAAAAAUGUUAUUCUCGAAGUAAUUUACCUUUACGACGAUCUGUAUUAGAAAUUAUCAUACAAAUUAUAUUUCUAACACUUUUUCUUGGUUUUCGAAUAAUUGGUUUAUGGCAUUUUGGAACUUGUCAAGUUGUAACAUCAAAAGCAAUCUUAGGUGUUGGAUUAAUUUAUUAUUAUUGUCGAUUAUUAUUUAUUUUUUUACCGAUAAGUCCAAUACUUGGUCCGUUGAUGAUUCGACUUCGAUAUAUGAUCACGGAUGAUUUUUUUACAUUUUUAAAAUUAUUUAUGAUAUUUAUGAUAUCAUCUGGUGUUGCAAUAACAGCUGUACUUUAUCCACAUCAUCCACUUAAUUUAGAUUUAUUUUCAAAAGCUUUUGUAUUUCGCGGUUUUAUGGCAUUAUUUAUUAGUGAUUUGGCUGAUUUAAAACAUCAACGUGGACCAUGUUCAAUAAAUGCAACAACUCAAACAGAAAGAAAAUAUGCUUGUCUAAGAUUAUCUCAUGGUCUUUCAUUUAAAUAUGACAAUCCUUAUGCAUAUAAACGAUAUGGAAUACCAUCACAAAAUUGCAAUCAAACAUCAUGGAUAGCAUGGUUUUUACUUAUACAAUAUUUCUUUUUAGCUAAACGUUUUCUUACAUCACUUUUAACAGCGAUGUUUGGGUAUAUUAAUUUAGAUAAAAUCAAUUCACGUCAGAUAACUGAAUUGUUUUUUUCUUUUAUUAAAUUAGUUUAA